AUCAGAGUUUUCAGCUUGUUUAUGAUAUAACAGUCGAGAAAUUGUUUUAUCUCGUUUUCAAAGAUAACAAAACUUACCAUCCCCAAUAUGCUUGAGCUCGUUCAGCAAGGGGCUCCGGACCCCAUGUUCACGUUGAAGAAGAUAGCAGAUGCAGAUAACGACCCAAGGAAAGUGGAUCUAGGAGUAGGAGUGUAUAGGAAUGAAGAUGGCAGAUACCAAGAGUUGGAAGUCGUCCGGAGGGCAAAGAAGAUCUUAGAUGGGCUUGACUUGGGCCACGAUUAUGCGUCUACUACUGGAGAUGAGGAAUUCCUUCGGCUCGGUGCCGCAGUGCUAUUCGGUGAAAAUUGCGAAGCUCUGAUUUCUGGACGCGUUUCGUCAGUACAAACUAUAUCAGGGACUGGGGCAAACUCUCUGGGUGCUUCAUUGAUUGCAUCUACUGUUCCAUCGACGAAAGUGUACAUCGGGUUACCAACUUGGGGAAAUCAUGUUCCUAUUUUUCAACACGCAGGGCUGGAGGUUGUCACUUACGACUACCUUGAUUCCACUAGGCACGCGGUUGAUUUUGAGAAUCUCCUGGACAAUGUUCGCGAGGCACCUCUUGGGAGUGUGUUUGUGCUGCAGGGAUGUUGCCAUAACCCAACUGGCGUAGAUCUCAGCCCUCAGCAAUGGGGCGAAUUAGCACAGGAACUGAGCACGUACAAUCAAGUGGCAUUUAUAGAUAUUGCAUACCAGGGUCUAGGCGACGGAUUGGCUGAAGAUGCGACUGGACUACGAACAUUAGCAGACGCAGGAUUGGAGAUGCUUGUUUGCCAGUCAUUUUCGAAGAACUUUGCACUCUAUGGCGAGCGAUGUGGAGCCUUGCAUGUUGUCUCGCAAAAAUCUUGGCUUGCUGAAAUCGUUAAGGACCAACUGCGAAGUAUUAUCCGCAAAACAUAUUCAUCAUCUCCCGCGUAUGGAAGCCGAUUGGUCAAAAUAGUGCUGUCAGACCAAAGUCUGCGUACACUUUGGCUGAAGAAAAAUCGCCAAAAUCUGCUUUCGCAUAUUGACGCUCACCAUAUCCCAGGAGAUUGGAGUUACCUCGUGUCUGAGCGAGGAUUGUUUUCGUGUCUUCAGCUCACUCCAGCUCAAUGCCGUACUCUCGUCGAUCACCAUCAUGUGCAUCUACCUGAAAAUGGACGUAUCAACAUAGCAGGUUUAAGUGAAGAGAAUAUUGAACGAGCAGCGAAAGCAUUGAAGUCUGUUGUCUGCCUUGGUUCAAAGGUUAGGCUUUAAGUGUUUAAGUGUUUUAUCACAAUUUCUUGUCCAAUGCGAGCCAUCAUUUGGGUUGCUGUCGGGGACAGAGGACCUAUUUCAUCCACGGAGAGCCAUGCCAACGGAAAGUC